CAUAACGAGGCGGCAAAUAUCAAACCUGUGGACAGGUGAAUGGUAGUAAAAUUAGAAGACGUUUUGCGCACAUCGACGAGUGUAAGGAUUUUAGCCAGUUGUUAGGAAACUAGGCACUAAAGUCGCUAAUAACUCAACAAUGUCCCAAGGGACAGUUUCGGCACGUUUGUCAAUCAACCCCACAAGUGCCAAUUCUCAGGCUAACAACAACGAUGUCUCGGAGGCGGCUUGACAACCGCAAUGGACCUAAUGGGUUACUUGGAGAAAUUCAAACCCUUAUCAAUACGGAACCGAUGGACAGUAUGUACGAAAUCACCGGCGAGUUGGGCAGGGGGAAAUUUGCAGUGGUGAAGCGGUGCACGGAGAAGGCCACGGGAAAGGUGUUCGCCGCCAAGUUCCUGCGGAAGCGGCGGCAGGGCCGAGACUGCCGGGCCGAGGUGGUGCACGAGAUGGCCGUGCUGGAGGCGGCCCGCAACAACCCUCGUGUGGUCAACCUGCAAGCUGCCUACGAGACAGACCACGACAUCAUCCUGCUGCUGGAAUAUGCGGCGGGGGGUGAGAUCUUUGACUACUGUGACUGUGAUGAGCUGCUCCCCGAGGGCCAGGUCACACGGCUGAUCAGACAGAUGCUGGAGGGCGUUCACCUUCUCCACCAGACCAGCGUGGUGCACCUGGACCUCAAGCCCCAGAACAUUCUCUUGACCAGCCUGGCUCCGCUGGGGGACAUAAAGAUUGUGGACUUUGGCCUGGCGCGCAAACUGGGCACAGUCGGAGAGCUCCGAGAGAUCUUGGGCACGCCCGAGUAUGUGGCCCCAGAAAUUCUAAACUACGAGCCUAUCACCACGGCAACUGACUUGUGGAGUGUGGGGGUGAUAGCCUACAUGCUGGUGACAGGCGAGUCUCCGUUUGCAGGAGACGACAAACAGGAGACGUACCUGAACGUGUCCCAAGUCAAUGUGGACUACAGCCAAGAGGCCUUCUCCAGGGUGUCGGAGCUCGCCGUCGACUUCAUCCGCAAGCUGCUGGUCAAAACACCAGAGGACAGGUCCAGUGCAGCCGACUGUAUGACCCACCCCUGGCUGUGGCAUCAGUACCCAAGUACCGAGCCCGUCACGCCACGUACACGCCGCCAGAGGAGCAGUGGUAACAAGUGGGCCGCCCCACCCGAGGACCCACAGGACAAGGAGAACUUCACCUUGGACUCGCCCCACGCCAAGCGGUUUCGGUUUGAUGUGGACACGCCCGGGGACUUUUGAGGGGGAAAGAGCGACGCAAGCGCCCCCCUCCUGCGACCUCCCCUUGUGGUUUUAUGCAGCAAGGAACCUGCAGGCCUUUUCUGUUCUACCGCUCGCUUGUAUCCAGUGUGUCCGGCCAAACCAAAGUUAACCAGCUUACUUUGUGAUCUAAUGAGUAAUAGUAUUUUAGAGUGAGCUGUUUUGUCUUUUGUUUUGUCUAGGACAUUUAUGUCCCUGAAUUUACAGAGAAUGGGUGGCCAGAUAUAUCUCAAGGGAAAUCGAUGCUAUACUGUUUUUCCACAAACUUUUAAGAGACAUUUUAAACAGUCAACAAAUUAUUACUUGACCAUUUUUGCCAGAAGGCUAAUAAGUGGUCGUAAAAGUGUUCUUAGACGCUAAAAAGCAUUUGAAAGAACACUGAGCUGUGCAGAUACAAGCUAAAUCAGUCUACUUGAGGACGUGAAAGUAAAGUAUCCUCGUACUAUAUGCUUGUUUGCUUGACCCAAGAUGUGCAUUACCUCCCUACUCUCAAACAAGCAUUAGCUUUGGGCCAUGGCUUUCGCCGAGUGGCAUAUUACAUUCCAUUCCAUCUGACAUUCCCUUGUCUAGUUCUCAGGAACUCUACAACACAUCUGAAAAUGCAUGUCAUUGAAGACAGGUUUUCUAUGCACACAUUACCCAGCCAUGGCCUGCAUGAUAAGUAAGCCAAUGAGUCAUGCUAUUUUCUGUCUAUUACAGUGUUUAUUGUUUACCUGAACUCUCCUGGUUUACAAUUCCACAGUAAUAGAGGCGGUUUAAGAGGGCUCUAAAAAAGGUGACUCAUAGACAGUUCACACCACACCCAUGCUUACUCAAAUGUUUCUGCAAAGUUGUCAGUUCCUCUUUAAUCAUUAGCCUAAGGCAAAUGUGACUGAAGCACUUUCUAUUUAUCAUCUGGGUAUUUCAUGAAUUACUUACCUGGAAAAUGACCAUGUCCUCUGAAGUGUUUCUAUUCCAAGUAUAACUUGAACACAACUUAUUUCCUGAUGUUCACCAAAGUAAUCUAAUCUGCAUCCCUUUAAUCAGCAUUAAAAAGCUAUUACAUUUUUCUAGGGCUCGGAAGCCUUUUAAAGCUCAAUGAGUCAGAUACAGUGCAUUUGGAAAGUAUUCAGACCUUGACUUUUUCUACAUUUUGUAAAGUUACAGCCUUGUUCUAAAAUGGAUUAAAUCGUUUUUUUUCCCCUUCAUCAAUCUACACACAAUGCCCCAUAAUGAUAAAGUAAAAACAGGUCUUUAGAAGCACGUUUGGCAGCGAUUACAUCCUUGAGUCGUCUUGGGUUUGACGCUGCAAGCUUGGCACAACUGCAUUUGGGGAGUUUCUCCCAUUUUUCUCUGCAGAUCCUCUCAAGCUCUGUUCGUUUGGAUGGGGAGCGUUUCAGUUCUCUCCAGGGAUGUUCAAUCGGGUUCAAGUCCAGGCUCUGCUGGGCCACUCAAGGACAUUAAAAGACUUGUCCCGAAGCCACUUCUGCGUUGUCUUGGCUGUGUGCUUAGGGUUGUUGUCCUGUUGGAAGGUGAACCUUCGCCCCAGUCUGAGGUCCUGAGCGUUCUCAAGCAGGUUUUCCUCAAGGAUGUCUCUGUACUUUGCUUCAUUCAUCUUUCCUUCGAUCCUGACUAGUCUCCAAGUCCCUGCUGCUGAAAAACAUUCGCACAGCAUGAUGCUGCCACCACCAUGCUUCACCAUAGGGAUGGCACCAGGUUUCCUUGGCACUUGGCAUUCGGCCCAAAUAGUUCAAUAUUGGUUUCAUCAGACCAGAGAAUUUUUUUUCUCAUGGUCUGAGUCUUUAGGUGCCUUUUGGCAAACUCUAAGAGGGCUGUCGUGCCUUUUAACUGAGUGCGAUCCGUCUGGCCACUACCAUAAAGGCCUGAUUUGGUGGAGUGUUGCAGAGAUGGUUGCUCUUCUGGAAGGUUCUCCCAUCUUCACAGAGGAGCUCUGUCAAAGUGACCAUCGAAUUCUUGGUCACCUCCCUGACCAAGGCUCUUCUCCCCCGAUUGCUCAGUUUGGCAAGGUGGCCAGCUUUAGGAAGAGUCUUGGUGGUUCCAAACUUCUUCCAUUUAAGAAUGAUGGAGGCCACUCUAUUCUUGGACCUUCAAUGUUGCAGAAAUGUUUUGGUAUCCUUCCCCAGAUCUGUGCCUCAACAUAAUCCUGUCUCGGAGCUCUACGGACCAUACCUUCAACCUCAUGGCUUGGUUUUUGCUCUGACGUGCACUGUCAACUGUGGGACGUUAUAUAGACAUGUGUGUGCCUUUCCAAAUCAUGUCCAAUCAAUUGAAUUUGCCACAGGUGGACUCCAAUCAAGUUGUAGAAACAUCUCAAGGAUGAUCAAUGGAAACAGGAUUCAGUUGAGCUCAAUUUCUAGUCUCAUAGCAAAGGAUCUGCAAAGUGGUGUAAAUAAGGUAUUUCUAAUUUUUAUAAAUUAAAAAAACAAUUAAUUUGUUUGCUUUGUCAUUAUGAGGUAUUGUGUGUAGAUGUGGAUUUUUUUUUUUGAUUUAAUACAUUUUAGAAUAAGACUAACGUAACAAUGUGGAAGAAGGGAAGGGGUCUGGAUACUUUCCGAAUUCUCUGUAUAUUGGGAGUCAUAACAGAUUGUCUCUGUAUGGAGGCGAAUACAUUCCGUCCUAUCCCCUCUUCAUUCCAUUUCCUUCUCGUCUCAGGGCAAAUGACUUUUCACUUUGGUCAUUACUAUUGUGUGCCUCUUUUUAUAUUUGCCCUUUUUAUGUACAUUUUGUCUAACCUGAUUAUCAAUAUAUUUAUAUAAUGGGAUGGUGUUUUGUUUGUUUAGAUGUACAUUGUGCUUUUAUUUAACUGGAUUCCGAUGGGUUUAUUAAGAAUAUAUGGGAUAUAGCAUCUCUUAACAAAAAUAUGUUUUGGUAAUGGGUGACAUAAAAUUUAAAUAUGCUUUGCUUGUAAAGUGGUGAAUGUUUGAUAUGCGUGACAGUUUUGGCAAAGUGAUUAGAGAUGGAUUUAUAAUAGAAAAGAUGGGUUUCGGUUAUGAGGAAAGGGUAUGCCGUUGAGAUGCUUGCGGAGAGGACGAUAAAAUAUUUUUGGUUACGGAAGUGAUGUGGGUAAAGGUUAUGGAAUUGACUAUGAAUUAUGGACAGGAAAACUUUUUAGUAAUGCAGUCGAUUAACAGGAGAAACAUUUUUGAGAUAUUUGUACAGUGUUACCAGGAGGAGAAUUAUUUUUGGGAUAUAUGGACGGUCCUUGAACGGAACAUUUUUGACAGUGAAGAACAUGAAAUGGAAGUGCUCUGUUGAGCAUUCAUUCACAUGGAAGCCCAUCCACCUGUGAACUUAUGAAAUAAUAUACAAAUGCUUCCAGGGGUUCUCAGUAUUGAAUCUGGAUUGUUAUGAAGCCUAACUGCCAGUAGACCUCAACUGAACAUGUCAGUUGUCCAAAAAGGUGCAAAGACUUUCUUGUUUGUGGUCCUCAAGGUUUCCCAGAGAGAGGUCACCGGCCUGGCACACACAAUAGCCUUUGUCUUGGAGAGGGGCUUCUCCAGUCACGGCCAAGCGCUCAAUGUAUGCUGUCAUCCAUACGGAGAACUAGAACACCACUACAUCAUUACAUUGGUUUAGUAAUCAUUACCCUCAGUUCAAAGACAUUAAAAUAGAAGUUUGAGGUGCUGCUGUCACCAAUUGGCACAAAGUGGACUUGUACAACUUGAUUAUUUGUAGGAGCGCAACUGGUGUAUGACUGAGUACCACAGGAGGUUGGUGGCACCUUUUAAUUAGGGAGGAUGGAUGGUAAUGGCUGGAGCAGAAUAGGUGGAAUGUUUGAUGCCAUUCCAUUUGUGCCGUUCCAGACAUUAUUAUGAGCUGUUCUCCCCUCAGCAGCCUCCACUACUGAGGCCAAGUGACACAAAAUGGACUUGAUUACAGUUGUAGGAGAUUCACUGCUGUAACGCUAUUGUUUUGUAUCGCUGUUCGCUGAGACCAAUUGGCACAGAAGUGGACUUGUACAACUUGGUUAUAUUUGUGAGUGUGCCACUGCUUUUUCAUUUUGUACGGCUGUCAGAAUGGACUUUGACUUACAGACGUCAGUCAAGUGACUGACUGGUCUCUGGGGACUUAAGUGGCAUUUUCUCCCACUUUACCAGGGUAAUACUUAAGGAAAGGUGGGUAAAACUCGUGCUAGUUAGAAGCACAAGCAAUAACCCUUCGAAAGAUAUGUUUAUUUUGCAACUGAUAGAUUUUAGGUACACUCAGUUUAGAAUGGACCAAUUCAAAUGCAAUCAAAAACAAUUUACACUGAACAAAAAUAUAAAUGCAAAAUGUGAAGUUUUGGUCCAUGAGCUGAAAUAAAAGAUCCCAGAAAUGUUAGAUAUACACAAAAAGCUUAUUUCUCAAAUUUUGUCUACAGAUUUGACAUGCCUAUUAGUGAGCAUUUCUCCUUUGCCAAACUAAUCCAUCCACCUGACAAGAGUGGCAUAGCAAGAAGCGGAUUAAUCAGCAUUAUCAUUACACAGGUGCACCUUGUGGUGGGGAUAAUAAAAGGCCACUAAAAUGUGCAGUUUUGUCACACAACACAAUGCCACAGAUGUCUCAAACUUUGAGGGAGUGUGUAAUUGGCAUGCUGCCUGCAGGAAUAUCCACCAGAGAAUUGAAUGUUAAUUUCUCUACUAUAAGCUGCCUCCAAUGAAAUUUGUCAGUAUGUCCAACCAGCUCAAAACCGCCGGCCACGUGUAACCACGCCAACCCAGGACCUCCACAUGUGGCUUCUUCACCUGUGAGAUCGUCUGAGACCAGCCACCUGGACAGCUGAUGAAACAGUAUUUUUCUCUGUAAUAAAGCCCUUUUGUGGGGAGAAACUCAUUUUUAUUGGCUGGGUCUGGGCCUAUGCCCACCCAUGGCUGCGCCCCUGCCUAGUUGUGAAAUCCAUAGAUUAUGGUGUAAUGAAUUUAUUUCAAUUGACUGAUUUCCUUAUAUGAACUGUUACUCAGUAAAAUCAUUGACAUUU